CGAGACAGGGUUAUGUGCCGGACAGGCAACAGCUUCCCUUCCUGGACUUUUCUCUCGUGAAAUCUGCUGAACAACCUCUUUUUUUCAUUCCAACUAAUCACUUUUUGAGGAAGACUCGUUCUUUUAAAGAAAGAGGUGGAUGUAUUUGAUUUAGCGGUGCCGGGUGGCUGAGACGCUCCGCGCUCAGACAAUAACAAGGAAAGAUCCGAUCACAACAAAAGACACAAGAUGACAGAGGGCCGUCUGUGCCAGGUUCACCUCCUUGAUGGCAGAAAGCUGGAGCUGCUGGUUCAGCCCAAGCUGUUGUCCCUUGAGCUGUUAGAUUUGGUGGCCUCACAUUUUAACCUGAAGGAGAAGGAUUACUUUGGAUUGUGCUUUAUAGAUGACACUGGCCAGAAUAAGUGGCUUCAGUUGGAUCGUAAAGUCCUUGAUCAUGACUUCUCCAAGACAUCAGGGCCUUUGGAACUCAAGUUCCUUGUGAGGUUUUAUAUUGAGAAGAUCACCUUCUUGAAAGAGAACACGACGGUGGAGCUGUUCUUCUUAAAUGCUAAAUCUUUAGUAUUUAAUGAGAUCAUCGAAGUGGAGAGUGAAAAUGUGUUCAGGUUAACCGCAUUCGCAUUGCAGGAGGCCAAAGGAGAUUACAGCAGUUCAGAGACUGCCAGAUCAGACCUCAAACAGCUCCCAGCUUUGCCCACCAGCGUAUUAAGGGAGCACCCAUCUCUUAAAUACUGUGAGGACAAGGUGAUAGAACAUUACAAGAAACUGAAGGGACUGACCAGAGGACAAGCCAUUGUGCAAUAUCUGGCAUUGGUGGAAUCCCUGCCGGCAUAUGGAGUCCAUUAUUACCCAGUGAAGGACAAGCAAGGGAUACCCUGGUGGCUAGGAGUCAGCUACAAAGGCAUUGGACAGUACGAUUUGCAGGACAAACUCAAACCAAGAAAAUUGUUUCAGUGGAAACAGUUGGAAAAUUUGUAUUUCCGUGAGAAGAAAUUUGCUGUGGAAGUGAACGACCCACACAGCAGAACAGUGACAAAGCGGACUUUUGGACAGACUGGUCUUGUUAUUCACACAUGGUAUGCAAGCCAUUCUCUGAUUAAAACCAUUUGGGUGAUGGCCAUCAGUCAGCACCAAUUCUACUUGGACAGGAAGCAAAGCAAAUCAAAGAUGACCACGACCAGGAGUUCAGUCGACAUCGCUGUCGACCUCACAGAAAUCUGCGCUCCGCGGAUCAGCAAACUUUCCUGCAAAGAUCAGCUUAUCAUGGCGAGCAAUGGAAGCCUUAUCUCAGCCGGUUCUGCAGACUCAGAAGUCAAUGAGGAACAGAAGAAAGAGAAGAUCGCUGAGCUGAAGAAGAAAGAAAAGAACCUUCAAGACACACUGACACAGAAACUUGAGGAAUUGAAAAAGAUCUGCUUGAGAGAAGCUGAGCUUACAGGCAAACUGCCUGAAGAGUAUCCCUUGGCAUUAGGUGAGAAGGCUCCACAUGUGCGGCGUCGUGUUGGGACAGCCUUCAAGCUGGAUGACCUUUUCCCCUACGAUGAGGAUCCAUAUCUGAGGAACCUUGAGAGCAGGGUCGCCUUGCAGCAGAAGAUCGUUGAAGCGGCACUUAAGUUAUCAAAUGAAGAUGACCUCUGCAAGACAGUGAAGAAGAAGAGAAGAAAUAACUGUCUUGAUGCAAUGAGGAAGCUGGAGGAAAUUGAGAGGGAUAUAAACAACUACAGGAUAAGGAAAGGACAGAAACCGACGCAGAGAGCCUCACUAAUCUUAGCAGAUGAUGUCAACCCUUCAGAUCUCAGCUCUCUAUCUGACAGCCUCACUCUGGAUGAUGAUGAUGAGCUAGUUUCCCAGAGGCAGCAGUCCCGAUCAGUUCAGUAUUCCCCAAGACCACACCAUGCAGAAACUCUGGACAUCCAUUAUAACAAUGACAGACGGCCUUCUGCCAGUGACCAGUAUGCAGACUGCAGAUUAAAUUACAACCAAGUCCAUGAACCACUCCACUUCAGUCACCGUGAUGCCUUAUCAAGCAACAACAGCCUGUUUAAACCAGCUUCCAGGCAGCCACGUGAUGCUCGGAGCAUGCCACCCACCCCCAUCCUCACCCGCAAUGCCUACAGCAGCACCCACCUCCGGUCAGAGGAUGCCCCUCAACAUUUCCGGCAGCGCAGUGGUAGUCUUGAGUCCCAGUCUCAGUUCCUGACGGAGGCCGAACCGCCUGCGCAAGCAUUCCCCUUCUCCCAAGAACGGCGCAGCAACAGCACUGAGGUCCUUGAUGAUGGCUCUUCCUACACAAGCCAGUCCAGCGUAGAGUACACCAUCCCAGGCAACCACGUACACAGACGCAGAGCUCGUGGCCGACACAGAAAAGACAUUUACGCCAACACUGGUAGCAUGCCCAAUCUGGCACAGCCAGACACCCGCUGCCACGCCUACCAGCCGCGAGCCCGUCCUACCACAACAGCCUACUACGUCACAGGCUACCCCAGCUAUACAGAACCAGAGCCUUACUCAAAUGGUGCCUACAUGUACGACAAUGAGAUGGAGGGACACUAUAAUGUCAACCCUGCCUACCAUGCAACCCCAACAGCUUAUCACAGCCAUGUCAUGCACAGUAACUAUGGUACUGAUGAGAUAGACGGCUUGUCACAGAACCCCUACGCCACACUGAGGCCACCUAGGAACCGUCCAGGGACCCGUAGUAACGAGCACGUCGGCAAGAACAUCCAAAAGGCUUUGGUUGCCGAACAUUUGAGAGGCUGGUACCACCGCAACGCUGCACACAAGCCACCGUUCAACCAAGACUACGACAGAGGCUCCCAGCAGAGCUUGGGCUAUCAGACUAUGCCUGCGCCCUACAGCCACAGCAGUAACAUGUCCUACUCAACAGUGUCCUCAGUGCCCUCAAGUGCAAACUGGCACAGCAACAUGAGUGUUAGUGGUAUGUCGGAAUAUGACAUGCCCAUGCAUGCACCGCAGUCCUACUCUUACAGUACAGCACCCUACAGCCACUCCGCCCACAGCAGAUACGGUGCCUCCCAGCUUUUUAAGGGCUCAUGGCACAGCCCUGAUGGCCAACGGCACUGUGCUUUUCACCCUGCCAGUUCUUCCUCCUCAGCUUCCACCUCCUCCUUUCCCUCUUCCUCCUACUCUCCUGGCUGUCUGGUUAGACAGGUGGCCUCCAGCCCUGCACAGACAAAAUCCUCCAGAGUCCACAGGCUCAGUAAGGGGCCCUUUGUGAAAGGUAGUUCAUAAUCUUACAUAGAUGUCAACCAAAUGGAAAGUAACCUGGAGCCAGACGACCAAAUUUGCUGGAAAGAAGACUCAAAACCGGGAACAAUAGUGUAGCUGCCUAUCUGUCAUUGUGCAGUAUUUUUCACCUUGACAAGUUGUCACUAUGCCUUAAACUGCACUUACCUGUUUUUGUGUACAAGAUGAUCCAAAGAAUGAAGUAUCAUAACUUCUGUGGAAUGCAGCAUGUGAGGGGAAUGUAGUCCUCUCAUUUUCUGUUCGCUAGAAGGAAAUCACAAAACAGUUUUUACAGGAUAACAAAACCCCACAUGAGCGUCUACAGGUCUGGAUUGCAAGUGUUUGGGGUGAUGGUACUUGUGCACUUAAACUAUAUAAGGACAUGCUGUGGACUGUGUGGUAUCACCAAAGGGAAUGUGGACUUAACCCAGCAGUGUCUCUUCAUGGAGAUGCAGACUUCUCAAACCAAGGACAAGGAUUGCCACUGUAAGAGGAUACUGAGCAUCAAUGAACAAAACGGCUCGUUCUGACUGCCUCACAAAUGUAUGAACACUGUAACCAUGAAGGAUUGAAAAAAAAAAAGAUUGAUAAAGACUUUAUCAAAAUGAAGGACUGAACUCAUUUAAAAUAAUGAGUUACAAUGACCGCCUGAAGUCACCAGAUCAAGUUUUAUCAAAGUAUUGUUUAUAGCCACAACAGUGCUUGAUUUACUUUUGUUUGUCAAGUAUUCAGUCUAUCUCACUGGCAGAUUGAGCCAAAUACUUCUGCCACACCAACUGAGUAUUUCCUGAAGUCAUUAACUCGUAUAUCAGUACCACAUCUGAUCAGUUACUGCAGGAAGAAAGAAAAUCCAUGUUUGCUUUGUUUUUUUUUGUUUGCUUUUUUUACGCGAUUAUUUCAUCCAUGCUGGAAGUCAUGGACUGGUGCUCACUAUUUCUCUGAAGAGAAUGACGCUAUGUGUAAAUAUUGAUUUUGUAAAUACACUGGUUCCACCUUUUAUAGAACAUUUGUAUGUAUUUUGGAAGCAUGUAAUAUAUAGUUAACAAUUGUUUUUAAGCUGGUUCUUAGUUAUUUGUACAAUUGGAUUCAAUUUAAUUAAAAAAAAAUCAGCAUUUGAA